AUCUACAAGGGUUGCUAUUUGCCAGAGAAUGUCCUCGCUUCCUUAUUUAUAAAAUUAUAUUACAGGUGUCGACUAAUACAGACCACACCACAGUGACAAUGAACUCAACUGUCUCACUUGCACUGGAACAGACUCACCCGAGUACUUCACUGUAUAUGAACGGGUCGGGAAAGGACGAUAGUGACACUUUUGAUGAAUCUGCGGGCUAUGUUAUGGAAUUACACGUUUGGAGAGCUACGGAAUCAUGGAAGAGUCGCAAUUUAAUAAAUUGGUUUUACCUACACUAGACUCCUUCACACUUGACGCAGAUGACACGAGUUUGGUAUUACCACCAGAGGAUUAUACAUAUACCCAUUCAAACGACCGGAGUUUUCGUGUUCAGCAACAAGUGCAGCUCACACUUGCUCGUAAGGGCAAAAAGACAACGUCCAAUGGUAAAAUGGUAAUCUAAAAUGUGUUUUUCAUUGAGUCUGUACGAAGAAACAAGGUCUGCAAGAUUAGCCUAUUGAAAUCGCCAAGGGAAUCAGAAGUUGAUGAUUGGGGGGUAAAACUGUUUCGGCAUAGUCUACCAGGAAAUACAGGACGGAUCGAAACCAGAUGAAACCGAAUGGACAUGCAGGCCUGGUCAUUGGUGUCAAAUUCUUUGUCAUGAUGUUUGCAAUCAUGUCAGCAAACUAUUAUAUUCAAUCUCCUCUAGUCUGCUGUAUUUGCAGUCCUCCCCAUUUACCUUUCCAAUAGGAGAGGGCGUGCAUCCAGAUGGUAAUUAGGGAAUUGGCGAGAUGGCAUGAUCCUUCAGAACACAUGUGGUGUAUCUUUCAGGUAGUCUUCAACUAUCCAGAAAGCCAUCCAAUUAUCUUGUCAAACAUGAAGACACAAUCAUCUUUGGGCCAGAUUGGAGGCAGGGACUUCAGCAGCCUGUCGUCUUUCAAGGAGAAUAUAAGAAGUCCACCUAAGAGGGUGGAUUUGACCCCAGUCACCAGCCCUGAGUUACCUCGCUCCCAUCUGGCUUACGGGAAACUCCGUUUUGGAACCUGCACCCUCCCCGGCCCUAGCCAGCCGCCCAUGAUGGACUUCAGAGGAGCGGUCGUACGGGACAGACUUGAUGCGACGUUAUGCCCAUUCGGAAGUGGCCCGUAGCACAAGGACGCACCCCAUGGCUAACGGCGGCAACUACCACUGGGGCCAGUCCCUCAGACAGACUCGAGGGCCUCAGCCCCUCUCUGCAGACCACUCAUUCCUGUGCAGCAGCCCUGCGAUUCGCACCGACAACAGCCCCUACCUGAUGGAGGUUCAAAGGGGGGCGAGGAGACAAACAGGCUAUGGGUCAUUCAAUGCUACCCAGAGAGCAGAGGGCCUGGCCUGGCUGGGCCAGGUGGGGAGGAAGAACCAGAAGCAUGUGGGAGCCAAAUGGCCUCGCUCGUACCCGGCCUCGCUGGUCAGCAUGGAGGUGGACAUGGGCCAGAUGAGGGCGGCGGCGGAGCCAGAGAUCCAGCAGACAGACGUGAAUGAAGUCACUGCGCUGUGUUCUACCUUCACGGUAUACCCAGGCUGAUCAAACUGCUGCAGAGCGACAGCGAGAAGCUGGAGCGCAUAGUGGCGGGGGCGCUCUGAAACGUUGUCUUCGAGAGCAGCGAGAACAAGAUGGAGGUGAAGGACAACGAGGGCGUGGCCCCUGCACUGUGUCUGCUCAGGAGAAGUCGCGACAUAGAGACCCGGCGGCAGCUCACUGCAUAGUUUGAACACCUGCUCAUGUAGAUCUGAAAGAAAUCGUCCUAGAACUUUAUUAAUGACCAGGGCGCGUAUUCACAAGUGCCUCAGAGCAGGGCUGUUGUGGAACCUAUCCUCCCAUGACCUGCUGAAGGAGCAUCUCUCCAAAGAGGCCCUGGAGAUCCUGACCACUUCUGUACUGGUGCCCUGCUCAGGCCUGUCUGAGGGGGAGAACCCCAAAGAUGGCAUGCUGGCUGACCCAGACACCUUUUACAACGCCACUGGCUGCCUCCGUCCACAGAGAACUGUGUGUGCAUCCUACACAAUCUCUCCUACCAGGUGGAGCUUCCACAGAAGUAUGCCAGCGAGUCUCGACUCAACCUGGCUCCAAAGAACAAGACCCCCGGCUGUUUCGGCUCCCGCAGUGCCAAAAUCAUCCAGGUUGUUUUGGUCCUAUAGCGUCUUGAACCAAAGUGCCCUCUGCUGGAGGAGAAGGGUAGUCCCUGUGGGAUGGAGUGGCUGUGGAGCGCCAUCACAGUGCGCAUGUACCUGUCAAUCAUGGCACACAGCAUCUGUCCCUACACCCAGGAGGCUGCCAUCGGAGCCCUACAGAACAUCACAGCUGGGAACGGCCUGGUAUCCCAGGCCAUCGUCCACACCAUAGUACAGCGGGAGAGUGGUCUACUCCAGGCCAUGAAGAUGCUCCAGGAAGGAGGGAUGGUUGUGAAGAAGACUGCUGUGUCCCUGCGAUGUAACAUCUCACGCUACAGAGAGCUUCACGCUCACAUUGUCAAACAGUUGUUGCCACAGCUGGUGGUCAUGUUACCCAACUCCGACACGAGCACAGACCUGCCUACAGAGGUGACUGUGUCCCUGUGCCACAUCCUCAUUAACCUGAGCCAGGAUGAGACACAGCACGUCAGGGCCAUCGUCAACCACGGGGCGCUGCCCAAGAUCAUCAACAUCAGCGCAAAGGACAGUUUGGUCCCACCAGGGCUGGCCAGGCAGCCUGCAUCCUACUACACAGCAUGUGGAGCCACUCAGAGCUCCACAGGGCCUAUAGGAAGAUAAGGCCCCAUACACAGUAUAACCUCAAAGGAUAAGAAACAUUUUGUGUGGUGACAAUAGUUUUUAAUUAAUCUGUGUUGCUUUUCCUCAUCAUUUGGUUGGCUGGAUAUAAGAAAGCAGACUUCGUCAACAGCAGGACAUCAAAGGCUGUACAUUAAAUACGGGACUAAGUGGACAAUCACAUAGCAUUGUGCUGAUUGAGGCAAUAGUGUAGUUUCUCUUCUGUGUGGACUUGGAUGACUCAAUUCACUGCUUUUAUAAAAUACUUUUUGUGUGUUGACUUCUCCACUGUGUGUGAGUGUUCCAGUAACAACAAUUGCUGAAAGCUCUUGGUAGCAGACCAAGCUGUCUACGAUGGGGAAAAACAAUGAUUAAAAACUAAAAUGGAGGAUCA